ACGUCUGUAGCGUUAAAGGGAGGGACAGAUUUUCGAAGAAGAAAGAAUUGGAGUGAACGAAUUCUAGUAGAGAUCACGGGAUUAUUACAUGUGUUGUCACCAACAGGAAAAAUUUUGUAUUGCUCCGAAUCGACACAUGAGUUGACUGGGUAUCGACCUCAUGAGCUUGUUGGACAGGCACUGAUGGAGUUUCUGCAUGUGGAUGAUAUGGAUGUAUUCAUACGAGAUUUCCAAAUGUCUUUUCAUACCCGUUCGCAAAUCAAGACUCAUUACCGGUUUCGAAGAAAGGAUGAUUCUUAUGUGAUUUUUGAAGUAGUAGGGCAUCCUAAAGCGGAUAUACCAGGGCAGCCACCACAGUCAUUUUUUGGUAUUGCGCAACCUGUGCCUACGAAGAGUGGAGCAUUAAUUGACGCGUUUUUGGAAUUGAAGGCUGAAAAUAACUGGCUCAAGAAACGAAUUGAUGAAUUAUCCAACAAAUAUGGUAAAUUAGAAACGAUUUCACCUUUGACGCAAGAUGAAACAAACGAUACAACCCUUGAUGGAUUUAAUGAGGACUGGAUGGAUACAAAUAAUUCAGAUUUAGACGAUUUUAUAUACAAUAACACCAAGGAAGAAAUGGGUAAUAAUCUGCUUGAAUCGGAAAGAAAGGAUAAAUGGAAACCUCGCAAAAAGCCAAAGGGUGCUGAUGAAUAUGUUUGUGCUGAUUGUGGUACAACUUCAUCACCAGAAUGGCGUAAAGGACCACAUGGACCAAAAACUUUAUGUAACGCAUGUGGUCUUCGCUGGGCAAAGAAAAAUAAAAAGAGGGAUUUGAAUGAUGACUGA